AUGGAAGAUGAUCGUCCUUACCGAACAAAAGCAUUUUGUCGGGUCGGUAGACCCACGUCAUUUGUUGAUACAGAAAAUAACAAAGAUGACAUAUAUGUUACUUGCCUACAUGAUUUAAAUCGUACUCCACAUAAAACAACCACGCAUGCGU